CCGACUAUCGUCCUUAGACUUUUGUUGACUCCAAAAAACAGGCAUUUUCAUUGCUUAAAGAUUCUUCUUUUAAUUCUAUAUUCUCAAUUCGUCAGGAGCAAUAUAUCGACAUGUUCAAGAACGAAUUUCAGGGAGGCUCAUUUGUUGAGGUAUUUAGCGCUCAGGGACGCGACCCUGUGUCGAAAUGGCGUCUCUCGGGCAGUCAAAGCGCUUUCAAGAAAAUAUUUGAUAAAGAAGUUAAAAGCUAUGUUUACGUCCUCGAAGGAGAGUCUACUACUACGAAAAUGAGCAUACCUAAAGACGAAAAGCAGUCUUUGUUUCUUAUACAAAAAUACCUCGUCUUACAAAUCCUGGUUCCUUUAGGGCACUCGUUUAGCUUUGAGCUUGGGAUCACUGAUUUGGGRAACAAUAAACGAAGGAUUUUUUUGUCUUCYAGCCAUCGAGAUAUUACUGUCACUCCUUUACAUGCUAGAUUUCCUCUGAGUAUCUUAAGAUUAGGAGUAUGGCUUAAUUUAUGCCUUGAUUUYAACUCACUGGUUGGUGAGACUUUUAAAGAACAAACAUUCAAGUCCAUAGAUAGCUUAACACUAUCUGCUAACUGCCAUUUAAGGAAGAUUUUUACCAUGAAAUACCAGCCACCAGAUACAACUGACGAUGAUGAGGUAUAUGGGUGUAAUAGGGGUACAAAUGCAGGCGACGUUGAGCCUAUUCCAAAGUCAAUGCAGUUUACUACUACAAAUCAUCAAACACAAGUCAUCAAUCUUUUAAAGUUACGGCAGGCAGACAUCAAAGCWCGAGAAGCUGCUGGCCUCCCUCCCCCUACUACCCCACUUGUCUCUGACAUUGAUGUAUCAGCAUCAAAGCAAGAAGAUCAACCAACCCAUAUAGCAUUUGGAUCAAAAAUUGUCAUCCCAAGYCAUGCACGCAAAUCAUCCAGGGAAGGCGGUCCCAGUUCUGCAGGCUCCAGAUCUUCCUCCAAUUUAUUCCACAGAAGUAGCUCAAUUAGUAAUGUUAGAUCAGGCUCCCCRCUGGAUUUAGACUCUAGUACUAGUUCAACUACUUACAGAGGAAAAAUCCAAAGAUCGUUAUCAGAAACAGCAGAAGUUGAUCAAUCAAAAUUACAGCUUGAAGUUGAGGCAUCYCCAACAUCAAUUCAACCYCGUCCUCCCCGAACAGGAUCAGGAAAUAAGUCAAGYKGAAGACCUUUAAGYGUUAGAACCAAAGGUGGGGCAAGCUCUAGAAGUGCAGGAUCCAGGACUAACUCUGAGAGUGAUAAGUUAGGUGACAGCACAUCUAGUUAUGGGAAACCGGACGGAGCAUCAACAGAGAGACAUAUUUACAGAGAUUCAGACAACGAAACCAUUUCACGGUCUCACAGUGAAAGCUCUCUCAAGGCCUCUGGAAAUGAAAGCUCACUUGGGGAAAGCUUUAAUAAAAUGAAAUUAAAUGAACAAAAAUUAGGAAAUGAACUAACGGAAGAGAAUGUAAAGAAAAAUGACAUGAUGUUUACAUUCUCUUCAAGGCCAAGGUCGGCUCCAAGGUCACCACGCACUCGCAGGAAACGUCAAAAUGGUUUUCCAAGUCGAAGCUCUGUUGAAGACAAACCAGAGAUAGAAAUUUCUGAAAAUAAAGAUACCUUACAUGUACCUUCGACCAGGAAUAGAAGAGAAAGUGAGAAAUCAGAAUAUGAAGAAGACUURUAUAAAAAUGACUCAGAAAGCUCUGAUGAUGAUCUGCUUCAGAAAUUAUUAAAGAGUAGUCAUACUUCCAGGUCAAGCUCCAGAGGAUCCAAACACAGCCCCAGGAGUCCACGCAUACCAGAAACAUCACAGACACCUCAUGUACUAAGAACUAGUAUUAAAAGUAGCUUAUUGAAAGAGAUCCCAUCCUCAGUAAUCGCAAGUAAAACAUAUGAUUCCAAAGCRUACCAAUCAAAUGCAAGCUCRUGGAGGAACUACCAAUCAGAAGCCGGAAGCUCAUGGCGAWUUGYUACCUCUGAUAGUAGCAGUUCWKUGCUUGAUAAGUCACURAACAGCUCYUURGGUGAUGAUGGACCAUUGAUCAAAAAAUUUUCAACAAAUACUGUUGAUGAUGAUGAUAUUGUUAAUAAUGAUGAUGGUGAUUCGCUGACUGAUAAUGAUAGUGACGAGACUUGCAGUACAUGGAAGGCUCCUCCGCCAACAAGACAUCACASAUAUCAAGAUGAAAUGAAGCAUCCAGGCCCUGAACCAGACAUGUCAGCCACACUUCCACAUGACCCUAGAGAUUAUGUUGAUGUGUUCAGCCCACCUAUCGUUAUGCCAAGUGAAAAAUUUACUAAUGGUCCAAAUCAACCUCAGUUACAUUCUCCACCAGCAAGAGAGCCUGUGGUAAAAUACUCCUCUGAUCCCAGACCAGUAGCCAAUCAAUCAGUUGAAUUAGAGACAGAGCUUGACCUUCUGUAUGACCCAUGUCUAAAUUGUUACUUUGAUCCUAAAAGUAACAAAUACUAUGAACUAGCAUAAACAGUCUAUGACUUACCCCUCCCCUGAAGAAAAAAAUAUCCCUCCCCCUGAGGGGAAUAUUCCUGGAUGAAGCGAGCAUAGACAGUGUGGAGUGUAUUUAAAGAUAAGCCACUGCCAUUCCCUUUUUUUUCCAUUUAAGAGGUAUUCUUGACUGGCCCUAUGAAUAACAUCAAAUAACAGAGACUAAUYAAAAUUUCUGGGGAAAAUUUUGCACAAUAGAGAGCUUAAGCAUGACAUCCACAGCAAGCGGCAAACGGCAGAAAAGAUCAUUUGACCACCUUUUUUGUACCCUGGGAACCAGAGGCUGGAUUUACUCGUUCUUAUAGUUUAUAUCCUUGAGGCCGAAAGCCGUCGGCCUUCGGCCUCAAGGACGGCGCUUCGCGCCGUACAUAAACUAUAAGAACGAGUAAAUCCAGCCUCUGGUUCCCAGGGUACCUUUUUUGGGGUUUACCAUAAAAGUUUCAAUGCGAGAGUGGGCUAUUUUGGGGUUGCCAUAAUCGUGAAAAGUCACUCUUUAAAAUGACUAGCAAAAGCACAAUUAGGUCAGGCAUGAAAUUCUUAGGUCAUUAGUCCAGCUCUGUCCUUAGCUGCUUGUCAUUAAUGUGAUGCUUAAACUUUCUAAUAUAGAAAGCAGAAUAUUGAACUGUACAACAUGGUAUGAUUUUAUUUUGUACUCCUACAAAAUCAACUCCUUUCCUUUUCAGAAUGAUGUUUCAGUUUGGGAAGUUUAUUUUUUGGUUACAAUGUGUUAUUAAUUUAUUGUGCAGAGUAAGAUAUUCGUAUGUUAUUGUGUGAAGGUGUUCUAUUGCAUAUACAGUAUUUAAUGCUUUUUAAUGUAAAUAAAAAAUAUGAAUCA